AAUUUAAUUUUUUUUGUUGGGUUGGGUGUAUGUGUAAUUGUGUCUCUCUAAUUUAUUAAAUUCUUUGUCUGGAAAUGGGAACGGCCUGCCCUUGUGUCUGUGGACUGUUACUCCAUUUCUCCUUUCUGAGUUAAUUCUUAAAUUAAAUAAAGGGUUACUCUGCCCUCUUUAAUCUCUAUUUGUCUUGGACAUGGUCUUUUGUCUACCUCACAUCCCCCACCUUUCCCUCACCCAUUACUCGGUGGGUUUUGUUAGCUCCCACUUUCAUCCAGAGGGAGAUCCUCAAGCUUAAAGCUUCUUAUCCCUCGCUUCCAUUUCACGGAUUGCUUCUUGGGUUUUCGUCCCAGAUCCUUCUUCAUAGAUCGGACCCUUUUCCUCCUCCUUCUCCUUUUCAAAUUUCAAAUUUCCAUCUGUUUGUUUGAUUCAAUCAAGUGUAUGCAACUUGUGUUGUUGUCUGGAAAACUUUGUUGACCUGGCUCGUAUUUGAUAGGGAAGUUUACAUUUUCUCUAAUGCAAGGGCAAAGGAGUAGUGUUGGUUCAUUGUCGGAAACCAUAAACUUUGAACAUGGAUCUUCGUCGAAUAAUCCUGGUAGCCAACCAGCUUACUGGAAUAACAUGUGGAAUCCAGCAGAAAACCGAAUACCGGAUUAUUUGUUGCCUACUACUGAUAUAAAUACGGGAUAUGUAAGCUCUGUGAGCCAUGAGCAACGGAAUUUGAGUAGAUGGAGCUUAGGUGAACCUAGCUCUUGUGAUAUGCAAACCGAGGCAUUAUCUGAUGAACAAAAAGGUGAGGUUGGAUGGUCUUCAGUGGCUCGUGAUGCAGAUGGUCCAGUUACAGAAACCCGACUCUGUGAGCCGUCAAAUAAUCCUUCACUGGGUCAUGUGAAUUUCAGCCCACUGAUUAUACAAAAUUCCAAUUCUAAUGCACUACCUCAUAGUCUAAAUUUAAAUGCAAGUUUUGCUAGUCAUGGAGGUGAGAGUAGCCGAGUUAAUGAAGGUUCUAACUUGUAUAAAUCUAGUGGAUCGGAAGAAGGGCGGGCUCUAUGUUCUAGUGCUUCGGAUCCUCUUUUGCUUCCUUCUGGAAAUAGUGGACUUCCAGUGGUUGCAAAUGAUGGUAGAGCAGGAUCUUCCAUGGAUGGACGUCGAGCACCUUGUAAACGAAAAGCUAUCGAGGGAAGUGUUACACAGCCCUCUUUAAGUGGAAGCAGUAACUAUGCUCAGCAUAUUGAAAGUGGUGCUGAGCCCACUCUUCCAGUUUUUCCUGGUCGCUAUAACACAGGAAGUAGGCUAACCAUUCCUGCUCCACCAGCACGAAUGAAUCAAGCUCCGGUACGAGGUGCAGGUGAAAUGACUUCCAACAGCUUCUCUGAGUCAAUGGUUGCAGAAAGUUCAGAUAGUUCUCAAAGAAACUAUCGUAUAAGGAUUAGUUCAUCCAAUGCACAAGAUUCUUUUGCACCGACUGGAAUGACUGUUCGACAUCCCGGGGCCUCAUCUUCCCAGCUCCCAGCUAGAAUUCUACCUGCUGAGCAUGUAUUAGACUUGAGGCCAGCACCAGCUCUAGACAAUAUAUCUGCUCAAGGUCAGCCACUUAUGAUACAUGUGCCUGCUUUACCUCGAAGUCUGCAACCAUAUAGAUGGAAUGGGAGCUCUACUUCAAGAAGUGGCGGUUCGUCGAGCUCUGCAGGGGAGAGACAGGUGGUGCAACGUGAGGAGGUGAGACCAAGCAACAUGGGAAGAAACGUAUCUGAACAUCCCAUGUUUGUCCCAGCAAACGAGCUGAGGAAUUUGGUUCGUAAUCCCUCAAGUAGAGGUUUAGCAUCUUCAAACCUGUCCAUUCCUGGAACUGUUGCUUCUACAUCCAGGGUUGGUUCAAGUUCAGGCGUCCACCCUCCUUCUGGACCUUGGAUGCCUCCUGAGAAUAGUCCAACACAGUUUCCUCGAAGGUUAACAGAAUAUGUUCGUAGGCAGCUAUUUUCUUCUGCUACAAACGAGUCCGGUGGUAGGACAAGUAAUUAUUCACAACGAUCCGGUUCUACUUCUGCCCAGGAUAUGGUUCUUUCAUCUGGAUCUGGCCGUCGGGGGCACCAUUUAUUGCAACCAAGGUCCGCAUUAUGGAUGGAAAGAAGAGGUGACACUGGGCUUGGUCUUCCCUAUUCAUUACGAACCUUGGCUACUUCCGGUGAAGGAAGCGACAAUAAUAGACUAGUAUCUGAGAUUCGCAAUGUCUUGGGCCUUGUCCGCCGCGGGGAAAGCUUACGAGUUGAGGAUGUGAUGAUCCUGGACCAGUCACUAUUUUUCGGGAUGGCUGAUAUUUACGAUCGGCACAGGGAUAUGCGCCUUGACGUUGACAACAUGUCGUAUGAGGAAUUGUUGGCUUUGGAAGAGCGCAUUGGAAACGUCAACACUGGACUAAGCGAAGAGACGAUUGUUGCUCGACUGAAACGAACGAAGCACGUCAAUGCCCCCGAACCACAGGUCGAGGAAGAACCAUGUUGUGUUUGUCAGGAGGAAUACAAAGAAGGGGAAGACAUUGGAAUGCUGGACUGCGGGCACAAGUUCCACACACAAUGUAUCAAGCAAUGGCUGAUGCAAAAGAAUAUAUGUCCCAUCUGCAAAACAACUGGUUUUGCAAGCCGAGAAUGAAGGUUGGCUCGUAGAGCGAACGUGGUGGCCUGUGGCUUGAACGAAGAUAAGCGACCGAACAGGGGACGCCUCGAAGAGGGGGGAUGCUAUGCUAGGAAGUUGCUUGUCGAUUCUCUACGUUCGGUCGGGAAAACGAAGAGCCACAUUGAAGUUCUCUAUAUACAUUCUACAAGUAGUAAAAUUUUAAAAUAUGCAAGCAAUCCAUUUUUUGUUUUUUAUUUUAUUUUGGAAGAAAAAUUCAAGGUUCUAAUUGGCAAGGAAUUGUUAGCUUAAGGUUAUGAUGGUCAGUGAAACUAAUUAAUGUUUACUCCCAUUGACAUUAGAGAUUGUUGGUCUUAAUAUAUCAUCGGACUUUCCCUUACUCA